CAGUCAGCUUGUUUUUGUCUGAGAACCUGUAAGCAUCAAUCAUCCGAGCUCUCCAUCCACACCCAGUUAAGAUGUUUAUGAGCAGGCAGCGAUUCCUGACAUAAUAACAUCGGUAAGCCCCGCCCACACGAGUUUAAAGGCCGAGCAGGGAACAUGCACAGCUUCAGUUUUGUUUUGAAGCUGAAGUAAGAGCUUCUCCUCUGCACUUGAACGCAUCCUUUCGCUCUUUGUUUGACUUCGCACGUCUGAACUCGGACUACUCAAGGGACUGCAAACUUUUGCAAGACCAAAGAUGAUUUUCGACAAGCUGAAAAAGUUCGACAUAGUGUUCGAUUCCCCGGAGCUGGACUGUGCUCCGGUGUUCAGCAGUGGAGAUGUUGUCUCCGGGAAGGUCGUGCUCGAGCUCUCGGCGGAGAGUAAAGUCGAGUCGCUGAAGUUGCACGCUGAAGGUUUCGCUAGAGUUCACUGGACCGAGUCCCGUAGCGCCGGCUCCAGCACCGCGUACACGCAGAACUACAGCGACGAGGUGGAGUACCUGAACCGGAGAGAGGUGCUGCUGCAGGCAGAUAACGGUGAACUGACAGUCCUGUCUGCCGGGAGACACGAGUACCCUUUCAGUUUCCAGCUGCCAGAGGAGACUCUAGUGACAUCCUUUGAGGGCAAACACGGCAGCAUUCGAUACUGGGUGAAGGUCAAGCUGCAUCGCCCAUGGGCCACCGUCAAGAAGAUCAAGAAGGAGUUCACCGUCAUCGAGCCCAUUGACAUCAACACGCCAACUUUACUGGCACCUCAAGCUGGAACCAAAGACAAGAUGUCCCGCAUCUGGUACCGCAACUGCGGACAGGUGUCGGUCACCGCGAAGAUCGACCGCAAGGGCUACACGCCGGGGGAAGUGAUCCCAGUCUUCGCCGAAUUCGAUAACUCCACGUCUCGCUCCGUGGUGCCGAAAGCUUACAUCACCCAGACGCAGACCUUCAUCGCAAGGGGCACCAUGAAACACAAGCGGGCCGUGGUGGCCACUCUGUGUGGGGACAUAGUUGGUGCACGCCGUAGGGAGACGUGGCACGGCCGAGCCAUCAAAAUCCCUCCAGUCGGGCCGUCCAUCCUGCAGUGUCGCAUCAUUAAAGUGGAAUACAUGCUCCGGGUGUGUGUUAGUGUUCCUGGGACGUCCAAGCUUUGCCUGGAGCUUCCUUUGGUUAUGGGCACCAUCCCUUUGCAUCCGUUCGGCAGUCGCACGUCUAGCGUCAGCAGCCAGUACAGCGUCAACAUGGAGUGGCUUCGCAUGGCCAUCCCGGAGCAGCCUGAGCCUCCUCCAGAUUACAGCUCGGUCGUGUCAGACGAGGAUGCGGUGCUGAACUCCACCACAGUCCCACCUGAGGAGGACCUCAGCGGCGUGCUGCAGCGCUCCCUCUUGGCCUGCAUGCAAGAGUUCAGACUACGGCCUCCUCCGGUGUACUGCGAGGUGGACCCAAACCCUCAGUCUAUCAACAUGCGUCGUCGCUGCAUGACCUGUUGAACUCUCUGCCAGCUGAACAUCACCUGAUGUUCGAAACCAAAGCCGAGAUUUGAUUCUCCCGGACGCCUCUCUGAGAUUGAGAUUGGCUCUUGUUCCUCGUUGGUGCCGUUCGCAUCUGUGCUUCCUGCAGCGGGGCCGAGAGAAGAGGAGAUGUCCGGACUAGGCGAGGCAGAUCGCUCUCAUCAAACAAAGAGGACAUUCAGUACCGGAGCAAACAAAGCUUCUAUACCCACAUUUGUGUCCCAAAGAGCCAUCAGACUCUGGCUUGUGCCUAGAACGGUGUGUGUAGAUUCAGGGAAUUUGGGCAUGAUCACUAGAGAAUUAUAGGUGCGAAGCCAUUCUUGAUGCUGCACAAAGUGCCUUAGUUUGCUGUGAACGAGGGCCGAGUCCCUCUGAAAUCCAGCUGCAGGCUGCCACCUUAGAUGCUAGCAGGCAUGUGAUGCCGUCCUCUCCCAAAAACAUAAUGUACGUCUCAUUUGGUGUUGAUGUUCGCCAAAGAGAUUGGUUUAAUGUUCAUGUGAACGGGUAAUUCUAUGCAAAAGGGAAAAUUGCUAAAAAUUGCACCCCCCCACUGCCCUCUUGGAGUGGAUCUCAUGUUGUCAAGUUUCGUUUGGCUCGACAGAGGUCGAGUCCAUGACCUGGAAGGUCUACAAACAUCUCGCUGAAUGGAAACCACAGAUAACUUGUGCAUAAGCGUUGUUUUUCUUGGUCAUUUUUGCCAGUGACUUGAGGUAAUGUCAAACCGGGCUAGAGCAGCCUUUGACCGUUAGCUUUAUGAAUAAUGGGGGAAAAUACAGAGCCGUGUGUAUCCAAGGUGCCUUUUUUGUUGUUUUAGAAGAAACACAAUGAAUGACUACAGGGAUUAUGUCAUGCUAAGCUUUCCUAGCGUUACGAAUCCCUGAAGUGUCCUUCCAGACAUUCCACAAAAACCACAGACUCGCUUCAUUUCCAGAUUAUGAGAAAGUGUACCAUCAGGCUUAAACGCAAUGAUUGUUUAUGGCACUCAUUUUGAAUGAAUGUAUUUUUAUAGAUUUCUGUAUUUGUUGAAAUUUGUGAUGAGUUUAUUUUUUGCUAAUCACUUUUAAGUAAAUAAAAAAAAAAAGAAAAACGGUA